UUUCUAUUCCUAAAUACAUACAAAGAAUAUCCGAUUGUAUAAAUAAUAAAACUAUUUACGCAUAAAUGUAGUUAACGCAUCUUUGUGAAAAGAAAUAAGCAGUUUUUCAUCGAUUUAUACCACUUGUGGCUUAGCCUAGGCCUUGCUUUCACCCGCUUCCAUAUCCUCGAGUAAGAAGCAUACGCAAAGCAUUCACUUCCCGAGUCGGUCGGUCGGUCGAUCGUUGGCUUAGAUUCGCACAGAAUUACUCGAACUUAUGUACGUGUGUGAACUCGGUAUCAACCCAGAUAUUCUGGGCCAUCAUGUCGCGUCUUAACAAUCGCAUUGUUUUAAUGUUUGCUUUUUAUUCGAUUUCGGCUUUGUGUUUUGAGAUAUUCAAAGAAGAUGACGAUUACCACGAAUGUGCACGGCCUUGCUCUGAUUUGUCUUCGAAAAAAACGUGUGUCUAUCAUUUCUUUGUCACAGAAUCGCAGGAUAUAACGAGUUUCUACAAAAAAUUUGAAAGCAGCAAUGGAAUUUCUACGUACAAAAAUGUUACCAUAGGAAGGAGUCUUUUAACGAUUAAUGGAAAAAGUCCGGGACCAGCGAUACAAAGUAGAGAGAGAGAGAGAGAGAGAUCUCAAUUCGAAGAACAAUGCGAAUUCCGAGUCGCGGUUGAAAAAUUGUCAGCGGGAAAAAUAAAAUCGAACGGAACAUUAGUUUCGCAGCAGGCCGAUGGGGUGUAUGGACCGUUGACAGUUCGAGGAUCACGGGACGAUCUUAGUCUGGAAAGGACACUUAUAUUGUCAUCAAGGUCAUCAAUUCCACUAACGCGACACGCGAGUCUUUAUCCACCUACGCCGGGUGAACUUCUCGUAAACGGCCAGGCACGGGGAAUAGUCGUACGAAUCGAGCAUGGACGUCGUUAUUUAUUACGCCUCAUUAAUGCCAACGCUUACGAUUGUCCCGUUUUACUAUCCAUCCAUGGACAUUCGCUUCGAAUAUUUGCUGCUGAUGGCAACCCUGUACAAUCGAUGACGGGCACACAUGUUGUUUUAUUUCCAGGCGAAAGACUCGACGGUAUUUUAUUGGCGAAGCAGGCAGUUGGCAGGUACGCCUUCGAUAUUCAGGGUCUUCGGGAUUGUCGUAAUUUGCGUCAGGAGGCAUAUCUUCUUUAUGAAAAUGCCGCACCUGAUUCGUACACGAUGAGAUCUAUCGCUGACAGCUUGGACGAACAGGCAUUCGAAAUCGCUGAGAGUGGUCAUCGUUGUCAUAGGAUAUCGAAAAAUGUUAUUUGUUCUUUAGACCUGAAGAGUACAAAAUUAUCACAAUUUGAAGAAAAAGCCGACGAAACGAUCUACGUACCUUUCGACACAAAUACUUUUUCGUUGUUUACAGACGAAAUGACGGACGAUUCUUACAGCCUUUACACGUCGAGAUAUUAUCCAUCUUACUUAAGUUUAAAAGAAGGUGCGAUAAGAAUACCGCAGAUCAAUGGUAUGUCUUUCAAGUAUCCAUCAUCUCCGAUACUAUCGCAACCAGAAAAUAUCUUGGAGAAAUCGAUUUGCUCCCUCAAUAAACGUUCUGACGAAUGUGACGAUACACCAUUAUUUUGCGAGUGUCUGCAAUUACUCCAAGUUCUACCGCGAAAAACAAUCGAAAUUGUAUUAAUAAACGAAGGUUUCGGAGGCAAUGUAUCUUAUACGUUUCAUUUACAUGGUUACAAUGCCAGUGUCAUCAGCCGAGAGAGUUUUGAGCAGCCUAUUACCAAAAAUGAUGUUGUAUCCUUGGAUCUUAAUGGCAAAAUAUAUCGAAAUUUCGUGAAUCCAGUACGAAAAGAUACUUUUGUCGUACCGAACAAGGGCUAUGUCAUUCUUCGUUUCUACACCGACAAUUUAGGAUAUUGGCUAUGGGAAGCGAGGAGUACUGCUAUAUAUCCUCCACUACUUGGGCCUGGAAUGCAAUUCGUAAUGAGAGUAGGUCUGCAGCAAAAUUUGCCGCUUGUACCAAUCAAUUUUCCUACUUGUGGCAAUAAUAAAGGCAUGGAUUUGAUAUUCGAACCCUCAUAAAUAUA